AUGGAAGGCAACAACGCCCCCGACGUCGGCGGCGGCGACGGCAGCAACCCCUCCUUUCCGGGAGGCUCGGUGGCGUCGCUGUUGUUCCCGCCGAUGGCCUCUUCGCCGUUGCAGGCAUCCUCCGGCUCUUUCCAGCCGUCGGCCUCCCUCCCGCCAGGGCCCGAUUCGGCGGCGGCGGGCGGGGCGGUGACGGUCCGAGCGAAGGGAGCGGCGGAGGAUCGCAGCGAAGGAAGCGGCGAGGGCGACGGUACGAGUGCCGCCGUACAACCCCCUGCGCGAGCAGCACUCUCGCUCAAGCAGUCGCUCGAUGCCGCCAUUGUUUCCGCCGCAGCCCGUGACGCGAAGAAAGCCGCCGCGGCGGCGGCGGCGGCCGAGACAGAGAAAGUGUCAACGAAAGCCAAGAGCUCGGUACGGGCUCGUCGCCGUUGUGGCGGCGGCGGAGGCGGAGGCGGUUGCGGCGGCGGCAGGAAAAAGAUUAAGAGCAAGGGCAGAACCGGUGUGGGCGGGCGCGAUGUCGAUGCCGGAAAGAAAGCAACGACAGCCGCCGCUGGUGGCACCGCGAGCGCGGUCACGCCGCGACGACCAGCAAGAAACCUCAGGAGACCUAGGCAGGAGUCGGCCAAGAGUACCUCGCCAGUGGCCACCGCUGCCGGAGCUGCGGCGACGGCCCCCGAUCUUCCGGUUGCUCCGCCGGUGUCGGGGGUUAGCUUGUCGGCGGGGAUGGAGCUCAUCCCCGGGUUCGAGGACACAAUCGACUCGCACUUCAUGACGGCGUUGCUGCAGAGGGGAUCCGACACGCAGCCCGGCGUCUCUUCCGCCUCCGUCUCCGCCUCCGCCUUUGCGUCUGCCGAGAGCCAGGUGUUGGCGGCGAACAACGGAGGGGGUGGGGACCCGGGUGGGGAAGAAGUCGUCGGCUUCGGGAGCAAUCCGGAGUUGUCCCUGGGCUUUCUGGACGCGCUGCUCGUGGGAUACGACACGCAGCCGAGUGAGCUUAACGCCGCCGAUGCCGCGGACGCCAAGGGGACGCCGGGGAAUAGUUCGGAGUCCGCGGUCCCGGUGGUACUGAAGGCUGCGGCGGAUGAUGGAGGCUCGGCGGACGGGGCGGGGGUAUCGAUAGCGCGGGACGCGGGGGGCGACGCUGCACCGUCGUUGCCACCACCACCGGGCCAGGCGUCGGCGCCGCCGUUGCUCCCCACGCGCGAUAUUUUGUGUCCGGCGGCGGUGGCGGUGGCUGCUGCUGCCGCCGGCGCGACGUUGUCGUCGUUCCGGUCGUCUCGGCACCCGGCGCGCUCUUCGCCGGCAGCGGCGUCGCACCCUUCGUCGGUUUCUUUGUCCGCGGCGCCUGUUGCUGGUGGAUCCGGAGUCGCCGCCGCCGCCGCCGCGGUGGCAGCUUCUCCGGCCGCUGCAUCACCUUGCGGCGAGAGCCGGACUACAAGGGUUGAGCUGGCCACCGCAUCCGACCCCGGCGUGGCGAAGCUUUCCACCAGAAGGAAAACCGACAAGCCGAAGCGCACCGCCACCGCCACCGUCACCGUCACCGCGAUCACCGCGGCAGCAGCAGCGACGGCGGCAGCGGCACCACGUAGAGCGUCGUCGGAUGCACCACCCGGGGAAGAAAAAGCGGCGCAACUGGCGGACCCAAGAGCGGUGGAGCCCGCUAGCACAAUACAGACGACGAAAACGCUACCCAAGGAGAAGGCCAUGGAGCCGCAGCAGGAGGGAGCCGGAGCAGUGCCCGCUUCAGCUCUCCCGCGCGCCAGCGCCGGCACGACGCGGGGGCGGGUGGGGGCAGCGGUUGAUGAAGCGAUGCAGACGCCUGCCGUGCGACGGGACGAGGUGACGGACAGGUCGAAACAACCGCAGGCUGCGACGCAGCCGCAGGCGAAACCUGCCCCACCCCCGCUGCCCCCCUUGCCGCCGCCGCCGCCGCCGCCGGUGGUCCCCUCGAGGACGGGUUCAUCAUUCUCCGGGAAUGCUGCGGUCGUGACGGAGGGCAUGGGUACGGGAGGGUUUGUUGGUCAGCCCGCCGGGUCGGCGAGACCGCCGCCGGUGGCGGCAGAGGCCGUGCGCGGGCGGUCGCCGCCUCGCCAGCUGCCCCGCAAGGUGUCCCUGCGGUUCUCCCCGCGGGAUGAAUCCACGGAGGGCAAGGUGUCGGAGCACGGCUAUCUCCCUUUCCAGAAGCUCACUGCGCCGCUGUCGAAACCUCUCGAGGCGGUGUUCAAGUUCAUGGUGAAAAAAUGGAGCGAGGUCGCGUACAGCGACCUCAACAGCAUCCGCAUCGUCUUCGACGCGGAUGCCGGCGACACCGGCGUGCCGACGGCGGCGGCGAGCACCCCUGCCCUCUCGCAACCGCCGCCGCCGCCGCCCGCUGACCGGACGGUCGUGUGGGGCGCGGAGCUAAGCAAGAGGCCCCUCCUGGACCUCGUCAGCGCUCUGCCGGGCCCCGCGCUCGACCGCGUCUGCGAAGAGCAGGCGUUGAGCCUGAGCUACACCUUCUUGACUGGCCCCGUCGGCCCGCCCCCUUCCCGCGGCUCGGCGCCGUGGGACGCCGCGCCAGAACAAGAGCCCGCCGCGGCCGUUCGGCAGACCCUGACCCCGACCGCAACGCCUCGGCCCCCCCCGCCGGUAGUAGCACCGACGACGAUGGGGCGGCGGCAGGCUGUAGUAGUACCGCGGCUGGGGGCUCUCGGGUGCCCGUUUUCCAUACCCGGAGUAGGCGGUGGCGCGGUGGCCGGCGGGAGCGCUGCUGCUGCUGCUGCUGCUGCUGCUGCUGCUACGGCUGCUGCUGCCGCGAUGGUCGCUGCUCGGGGAAUGGCGUGGAAGGCACCGGUGAUGGUCCCGCCACGGCCGCCGCCGCCGCCGGGGAACUUCGCGAGCGGUAGUCAGGCGAUGGCGAACGCCAUCGCCGCCGCUGCCGCGACGGGGGGGGGUACCGCCGGGGCCGGUGCCUUGCCGAACAACGCCCCGCGUCCGUCGCGAGGGGGCGGCAAGGGUGGCGUCCAGGGCGACACGCUCGCCAACGCCACCCUGAAGAAGCACUACAAGAACAUCAGUCGGAUGCUGCAGCGGCAGGGCAUCGCAUCGCCGCCGCCGCUGACCCACUUCCUGCCCGGCGGGCUGUUCGCCAGGAUGCACACCGCCGCCGUCGCCGGCGCCAUCGGGAAUGCGGCGGAAGCGGCGCAGCAGGCACUCCCUGGACGCGUCGAGGUACCUGCGAGAGCCUCGGCGCCAGGAUCCUCAGCGCCUGCUGCCGUGCGAAGGGGACGACAAGACCGGAUCGGGGAGAAACAGAAGAAGCAGGACCCUCCUUCUCCCGACAGCGAGAAAGGGUUCCAAGACGGGGCCGUCGACAGCGGCGGCGGCGGCGGGGACGGCGGUUUCGAGGACUUCGGGGGCGACGCGAGCAACGAAGUGGGCGACGACGAGGCGCGCGGCGACAAGGCCAGCGGUGCGCUGAUGGGAGAGGAGACGUGCAUGGCUCUCUUCGGCGGGAACGGAGUGGAGCUGCUCGUGGACCCGUCGCCACCGGGAGGCACGGGCGGGGCGGUAGCGGGGGUAGACGAGAGAGCGGGUGCGAAGACGGCGAAGCCGGAUGCGGCAGGGCCAGUGCAAUCAUCGCCACCACUUAAUGGCGGGAUGACAGCAACCCCGGCGGCGGCGGCGGCGGCGACGACGACGAAGCCGGCGGGGGCAAUAAGCGUGGGGGUGUUGGAAAAAGUGAAGGAGGUGUCGCCCCUCACUGAUCCCCCCCUGCGGCGAUCGACAAGCACGGCCGUAACGGCGCCGGCACGGUCCGCCGGGGCGCCGGCGUCUCCGCCGCCUGCAGACAGUACCCUCAUGGGAGAGGAGACGUGCAUGGCUCUCUUUGGUGGGAGUGGAGUGGAGCUCCUCGUCGACCCGUCGACGUCACCGACUGAAGCGGGCGAGGCGGCGGCGGCAGAGGAGGCAGAGGAGGAAGGAGGGGAACAGAAGCGUGCAGGUUUGACUUCAGCGUCGGAGACGCCGCAGCAAUUAGGAGGUAGAGGAGCGGGAGAAGACAAGGACUCGGGACGAUCACCCGCUCCGCCCGCCCUGCCGCAGAAGUCGCUACCACCGCACACGGUGGCGGCUGCGGCGGCGGCGGCGGUAGCAGAAGCAGGCGGAGGGGCGAGCGCACAGCCAGUGUUGCCAGCACGCACUGUUGGUGCUGUUGUUCCAUCGGUGAAGGCUGCGGGGGUAAAGUCAAGCGUGGACGGAAAUGUUCCCCCAGACUCGAAGCUAGUUCUUCCAUCGCGCUUGGACAGCAGUGCGCCGGUGGUGUGUGCGGGGGGUUCGACGAGGGACAAUCGCGUGGAGCAGCGAACCACCCAGGCGGUAGUCCAACCAAAGAGUGGAACCUCGAAGCCGCUGCCGACCACGCCACCGGGCACCGCUAGUGCCCCAUCGACAGCGCGCACCGCGGCGGCAUCGCCAGCGACGCAAGAACCACUGCCGCAGACGUCGGCAUCAGUUUCAUCCACGCCCGUUGAGACGGCAGCGCGGUCCCCCGGCUCGUCUCCGCUGCCGGCGCCGCGGCCUGUUUGCAAGGUGGGAAGCCUUCCGACACGCGCAAAGUUCGGUCGCCCGCGGUCGCCCACCGUUCCUGCUGCAGCCACCGCCGCCGCCGCCAGUGCGUCUUCGACGACGCGGGCGCCGGAGCCGGCGGACGAGGGGCCCGCGCGGUCGAGUGGCGCGGGGACGGGCAAGACUCCUGCGGGGCUAGGGCAACGCCUCCCGCCUUCCCCCGAGGUGCCGAUGGCGCCGGCCGCCGCCGUGAAGCCCGGAGAGUCCGGCUCGUCGGCCUGCUUUCGGCGGCAGCCUGCGCCAGAGCCAGCAGUAGCGGCAGCAGCGGCGGCGACCACGGACAGCGCUGGUUGCGUCGUUGCUGACAGCGAAGCGGAGGUGGUGACACCGGUCAAUGGUAUCGCUCCCGAAGUAGCGGCAUCAGGGUCCUCGUCCUGCGACGGCGGCGGCGGCGGCGGCGGCGGCGGCGCGGCGACCGUCACGGCCCCACCAACUCCACGGCCGGCGCACCAUUCGGUCGGCACAGCAGGGACGGCGGCGGAGGCCGCGGCAGCCGGGGGUGCGGCGGAGGAUUCGCCGCAGUCUCACCCCGGCGGAAGCCGAAAGCUUACCAGGAGCCAAUCAAACGGCGGGGACCCCGCGUCGUCGUUCGAGGGCUCCGGCGGGGGGCUGUCGAGCAGACCGGCGGAGGCGGGUGGCGGCAAGGGUUCCGAGAAGCCGCGCACGCACACUUGCUGCCGGGUGGUUGCGGCAGCCCCGUCGGAGGGUGCUACGCCCCCGCCGCCGCCGCCGCCGCCGUCGCCGGUGGUGUCGCGAGCGGCGGAGAAGAACAGCCUGGUGAAGCGGCGGAGGUCGGGCUCUGGAGAGGGUGCUAGCGAGGGACCAGGAAGGAAGCGGGUUGCUCCGACGACUGCUGCGCCGGGCGCAACUCCAUCGCCUGCACCGCAGCAGCAGCAGCAGCAGCAGCAACAGCAGCAGCUCGUGGCCACACCGGCGGCAGACGCGCCGAGCGUUCUCGCCGCCUCGCCCGCGGCCGUUGCCCGGCCGUUUGCGUUUGCCUCCGCGGACAGGGCUUUCAAAGGGCGGUCGCCGCCGCUGCUGCUGCGUGUUGGGACGGACCCACCGCGGCCGAUUGCAGACGAGGGAACGUCAGCCAAAGGGAAACGUCCCUUUGCCGGGGAGAUCGCCGCCGAUAUGGCUGUCGUUGCGACCGCGAACCAGCCAGGUUGCGAGUUGGAAUCCGUCUUUUCCCCUGCUGCUCCUAAUGGAGCCCGUGGGGCUACUUCUACCGCUCCCGGGGCCAGGGAAGGGGCGGCUGUUGCUGGUUCCGCCGCCGGCGACGGCGCGUCUCCCGCCGUUUGCGCUGCGGUGGCCUCUCCCCCUCCAGCAAAAGCUCGACGAUUUGCGUUUGCGGCUACGGCCGCCGCCGCGGCGAAGAAAGGCGAUCGGGGAGAGCUGCUGCGUUACGGUGAGCGACCUACGACCACCAGCGGCGAUGCUGAUGGCCGAGGGGCGACGGCGUCUCUUGGGACGGUCGCCCCCGCGGCUCCUGUCUCCAACGGCCCUUUCCUCCGCUCCGCGUCUCCCCCGGGAGGGGAUGUCGAGGGUUACGAUCCGGCGGGGGGACUGAUGUCGCCGCCGCGGCCGCCGCCGGUGGCUGUCGCCGCGCGCGAAAUCGACAGCGCCUCGCUCUCGCUCUCCAUGUCGCGGGAGGAAGUGCAAGCGGGGUACUCGGAGGCUUGGUCUUCUGUGCCCAGCUGCUUGUGGGACGGGGCGGCGCUACUCGACGUCGGCGAGCAGACCGCCGGGGAAGGCCCCGUGACGCGUUGGCUGGCGCUACCUAACGCGGAGCCCUCUCUCGGAGGAAGCGUGGCUGCUGCCACCCCGCCCCCCGCUCCUGCUAUAGUUGCUGCUGCUUCAGUAGCUGGUCCCGUUGCUUCGGGCGAGGACUGCGGAUUCGGCCGUGGGGAGGAAGCGGCGCCGGAUACAACGCCUCAGUGUCCAUCGGCGGCCCCUCUCGAGGGGCUUACCCAGCGGGAGGAAAAGAAGUCGAGCUGGGCGAGCUUCUGCGCAGCGUUUACCUCGAGUCGGGGUUCUGCGGCCCCUACCGCCGCUAGCGCUACAAGUCCCGGUCCCCGCGCCGCGGGAGAGGCCCGGUCUCUGCCUACCCUUAUCCGGCUCGGCCGGAGCAUGACGAAAGGCGUGUCUCCGGUGGGAGACGAUGACAAGCCCGCUGGAAAAGGAGAUGGCGCUGGCGUGGAGUCGGCGGCGGCGGCGGCGAUGGGGAACGGGUCCAAGGCGUCGGCCGCCAGGGUGGCGGCGGCUGCCGGUGCUCCGGCAAGCGCGCCUGCUGCAGCCGCCACCGCCGCCGAAUCUACGCUUACAGCUUCGGGCGCGGUGCGGUCACAAUCGCUAGCCGUCGAUUGUAAUGACGGUGGCGGUAAGGAUAGCAUGAGCUCCGAAACUCUCCGCGGGAGCCGGCGGAAGAGGGACGGCGGCGCGGGUACCAGCGGUGAUGGCGGAUUGGGUUGCAACUCUGACGCGGGUGGAGAAGAGGCGGCGGCGGCGGCGGCGGCGGCGACUGUAGCGGCGGUGGCUCCCACCGCCCUGCCGAAACGGCGGUCCAAGAAGAAGGGACGGAUUGCCCCGACCUUCGUCUCCACCUUGCAGCCCGAUUCCUUCGGCACCUUAACAACGGCGUUCUCGAGCAACCGACGUGUGUGAAUUGAACCCGGGGCACGGCGGUUGCCCCUCGUGUUUACGGGAUUUGGGACUUGUGGUCUGGGGGGUUCGAUACGGCGAGUUCGACAACGACUGUUGCUUAGCUUUUGUUCCAUGCGGCGUCCCAUUAGGCUGUGCCUUUGGUCGCUGAGCGGGGGCAGCGGGGUGUAGGGUGACGGGAAUCGUUUGUUCAGCGCUGCGGUUGUGUUGGGGGGGUUCGAUACGUUGAGGUCGGCAACAACCGGCACUUGCUGAUAUUUGCCCGUUCAUGCGACAACCAUUUAGACUGCGGUGCCUUUGAGCGCUAAGCGGGGGGCAGCAGGGCAUAGGUUCACGGAAACCGUUCGUUCAGCGUGGCGGCUGUGUUGACGGGGUACUAUACGUUGAGGUCGGCAACAUCUGGCACUUCCUGAUGUUUGCCCGUUCAUGCGGCAACCCUUGAGACCGUGCCUUUGAGCGCUGAGCAGGGGGCAGCAGGGCGUACGGUAACGGGAACCGUUCGGCGCUCUGGGCCGCAAGCAGGCACCCUCGCGCCGCCUUCUUUGUGGCGGUCGUCGUUUUCCGUUUUGAUAGUGCUUCCGAUUGGGUCCAAGUUUCGCCUUAGAGGGCGUCGGCGAAGCUCGGUCGUAACCGCACGAAGCAACGGGGGGCACCCGCUCCGAAAACGACGGGCGGCUUUUGUGACGGCCGCGUUGCGCGUGGACGAUCGGGCUUGGCGCCCUUCGUACUACGGCAACUUUUUUGUUCCACCGCUUCGUCGUGUGUUACCCCUGACGGUGUGGCUAGUUUUGUGUGCGCUUCCGCGAGCUAACUUGUUGGUUAGACUACAUGUACAGCACCGGCGUUGUGUGUGAAUCGAAUUUGGCGGCGUGCGUUGCUUUUGCCGGGACGACGCACGAUGAACGGGCUUGAGUCUUGUGUCUCGGCGGGUGUAAUUUUCGCGGGAGAAAAGUUCAAAGCGCUGCUUGGUUGCGAACGCGGUUAUGCUGUUGUUGCAUGUGUUUGUUUUUUCCGCACAUAUGGGCAUAGCGCGUUCCGUAAUGGUUGGCAUGGCCGGG